GUAGACGAUAAAUAAAUAAACGACCACAAAGAGAAAAUCGCGCCAUAUGCAAACCCUAGACUUUUCGAAUCCAAUUUUUACAAUUAUAUCUUUAGAAUCGGUCCUCUAAAUUUACAUUUAUCGUUUUAAUCUCGCAAUUUCGGUCUUCUUCUCCCUUUUCCAGAAAAGAAAACGAAAACAAUUUUAUUUAGUUUGCUGUUCGCCUUUUCCCCGCGUUUCAAAGAAGUUUUUAUCUUCUUUUUUUUUGCAGGGAAUGUUAACUGAAUGGGAGUAAUUUAGAUUUCGUUAAUUUGAUUGCUUUUUUGUUCUAAUAAUUGUUGUGUGGUGUUUCGGAAUUAGGGUUUUCCUCUUUUCUUGAUCGGAGCUAGGGCUCGUUCAUCUUAUUUGAACGAAGAAGAUUCUUCCUUGUCCAAUUCUCUGUUGCAGCGGGGUGCAUUUGUUUUAUUGAUAUUGGAAACAUGCCAAAAGAGUAUCCUGUGCUUGAUAACAGUCCCAUUAACAAGUGGAAGGUAGCCAAGCUGAGGGAAGAGCUUAAGAAGCGGAACUUACCUGUUAAGGGAUUGAAGGAAGCAUUGGUGAAUAGAUUGGAUGAAGCAAUCCAGAAGGAAAUGGAAGCGCGUGAGAUGGAAGAGAAGGAGGGCUCCGAGAGUGCAAGUAAACCUAUGUCUUCUGAUGGUGUUCAAAUAGUUGAUGAUGCACAGAAGCACAUCACUAGUGAAUUUUGUGAAGCAGAAGAUACGGUGGCUAAAGAUGACACCACACAGAAGCACAUCACCGGUGAAUCUUGUGAAGCAGAAGAUACCGUGGCUAACGAUGACACUAGUGAUUGCCCCAAAGGAAUAGACUCUGCAAAAUGUAUAGAUGUUGCUCCAACUGGAAGUGCUGUUCAUUUUGCAAUGGAUGGGGAAAGAAAAGAUUUCGAUGCCCCUUCAGAAAUUAUUCCAUCAGUUGAUGCAAACAAUGGAAUGUCCGAUUCCGAUAGGAUUGCUUCAACUGAGAGGGCCCCAAAAGACACAGUUGGGGAGGAUGAGGUCGUGAAGUCCCAACAUGAUGUGGAAGUAAAAAUAAUUUCUGCUGAUGAGACAAGUGAUUUCAAAGUUUUGGAGAAUUGUAAUGUGGUGCCUGACGCAUCUGGGGAAAUCACUUUGGGCAACAAAAGUGAUCCAGAGGAGGGAUUUAAAAAACUUACGAAGAUGGAUGCUGAACCCGAUUUGUCCCACCCAAGCACCACGCAGGUACAUGAGGUUAUCCCUAGUUUAGGGUCUGAAGUAAAAUCUGACUCAAUUCAUACUGAUACUUUGCCCAUUUGCGUAACAAACCAACUUAAUGAUGAUUUGAAUCCUGAUAAUGUCAAAUUAGAACAAGAAAUUGUUAGGUCAGAGAUGGUUCUUCCAUCAUCCAGCAAAGACCUCCCAGGUGUUGGUGUUGAUCAUCCUAUGGAUGAUAAAAUGCCAAGCAAGAGUGAUGGUCUUGUUGGAGGAACUGACGACGACAAGUCCUCAUAUGUGAACUAUAGCAUGACAAAUGAAAAUGCGGACCAGUCUUUAGUAGUAGAUGUUCCCAUUAUAGAACAUAAUAAGAGUUCAAAUAGUAAUGAGCUGCUGGAAGGGCUUCCAAAAGAUGGAAAUGUGAAUGGAGCUGACUUUUCAUGUAAAGAGAAAGAAUCACCUGAAGAAAAAGUUGAUGUGGGUGUAUCUGCCAAGGAAACUGAUUUUAAAGGUGUUUCCAUCACAGAAUGUAACAUGGAUGAGAAGGAUCCAAAUAGUAAUGAGGUAUUAGAAGGUCUUCCAAAAGAUGGAAAUCUAAAUAAAGAUACAUUUUCAUUCAAUGAGAAAGAUUUAUCUGAAGAAGGAAAAUUUGAUGCCGGUGCUUAUGCCAAUGAAGCCAGAUCUCAAGAUGUUUCUGCUUUAGAGCGUGACAUGGAUCAUAACACUUCAAAUAGCACUGAGAGGCUGGGAGGGUUAUCAGAGGAUGCAAAUUCAAAUGAAGAUAAGUUUCCAUGCAAAGACAAGGAAUCAUUGGAAGAAGAAACCAACAUUGACUCCUCCACCAAGGAAGCCAGUUUUCAUGAUGUUUCCAUGAUAGAACAUACCACCGAUGAUAUGAGUAUCAAUAGUACUGAACUUAUGGAUGGUAUGCAAAAAGAUGAAAAUUUAUUUGUUGACAAGGUUCCAUGUGAAGAUCAGGAUUCAUCUGCCGAGGAAAAAGCUGAUAUUGAUUCUUCUAACAUGGAUACCAAUUUUCAAGGUAAAGAGGACUCGUCUGAAGAAGAAAAAAUUGAUGUUGAUGUUUCUGCACAGGAAACCAAUUUCCAAGCUGAAGGUGAAUCUACAGAUUCUGGUUUUGGCAAGGCUACUGAUGUAGCAGGAGAGAAUCUUGAGAAAAUAAAUCUCGACCAGUCAUCUGCAGAUGAUUCCAUGGACGAGGACAUAGCAGAUUCAAAGAAUGUUGAUUCUGAGGCUUCUGAGCACAUCUCCUUUGAAGUGCUGGGUAAAAACAAAGAAGAACCACUUACCAAGGAACCCAGAGUUGAAUUGGAAGGUGGUUCUAAAGCUACAGAGUUGUCUGACAUCCAUUCUGCUGCAUGUGAAGUUUACCUUGAAGAUGGGGAUAAAAAUCUCAAUCUACCUGAUAAGAGAAAAUUUCAAGAUGCAGUGGCACCAGAGAACAAGGAACCUGCCAAAAGGCAGCGUAAAUGGAACUAUGAAUCUUUAAAGACAUCUGAACCAAAAACCUCUAGUGUCUUGCUCCUAACACCAAAGCAAAUCUCAGUGCCAAAUUUCACAGUUCCAGAAUCGUCAAGAACACCUACCGAUUCUCUCAGAAUUGAUAACUUUGUGAGGCCAUUCACACUGAAAGCUGUACAAGAGCUCCUUGGAAAAACUGGGAAGGUUUGCAGUUUCUGGAUGGACCAUAUCAAGACCCAUUGCUAUGUCACGUUUUCAUCUGUGGAGGAAGCCAUAGAGACUCGAAAGGCAGUGUACAAUCUGCAGUGGCCCACAAACGGAGGCCGCUGCCUGCUUGCCGAUUUUGUGACCCCACAGGACGUGAAGUCAAAAAUAGAGGCGGCGGGCCCUUCCAAGCCAGCUGCUCCUCCAGCAACCGGCGCCAGUGCGGGGCCCACCCCUGCCCCUCGGGCGGUCAAUACUUCUUCCCAGCCGCCAGCCGGGCAGCAGAAAGGCGUUGCUCCCUGGGAACAAGGGGAGCGGCCCCACCCCCUGUCCCGGCAACUGCCUGCUUAUGACCGCCGACCUGCUACAGUGAAAGAGCAGGUGCCAGCUGUCGCUGACAAAGCGGAACCGCCCUUGCCCACACUCGACGAGCUGUUUAGGAAGACGAAGGCCACCCCUCGGAUAUACUAUUUGCCGCUGACGGAUGAGCAAGUCUCGGCAAAGCUCAACAAACAACUCAAGAAGUAGCUUUUGGUUUUUUGGGGCAUGUUGGAUACAAUAAGUUCCCCUUUUAGAAGGCUUAGUUAAAGUAUGUCCCUAAUUAGACUUUCUUGUUUGAGCUUAUUGACUUACUAUUAUCAUUAUAGAUAUAGUCUAUAGACUAGUAAUAACACCCAUAGUUUGGUAGCAUUUUUGGUUUUAGCUUUGCAAUUCCUUUGAAGAUUUUAGUUGGUUACAGAACAAAUAAUGUGCUCUUUUGUACUUGUACUUGAAAUUGAACACUUUAGAUGAUGAUAUGUGUACUUGUACUUAAUUUGUGGUGCUUGAGUUGAGGGUCUCUUUG